AUGGCGUCUGUUGGUGUAGCUGCAGGGCGUCAGACGGAGGAUGCGUUACCGCCGCCUGCCGAGCCACCGCUGCCAGAGACGAAGCCGCUGCCGCCUUCUCAGCCGCCCACGCCGGUCGCUGCACCUCAGCCUCAGCAGUCACUGGCGCCAACGCCGCAGUCACCUGCGGGUGUAAAAGAAGACAAUUACUCCUUUUUACCUUUGGUUCACAACAUCAUCAAAUGCAUGGACAAGGACAGCCCUGACGUCCACCAGGACCUGAAUGCUCUGAAGACCAAGUUCCAGGAGGUGCGGAAGGCUGUGGGCACCAUGCCCGGCAUCCACUUGAGCCCAGAGCAGCAGCAGCAGCAGUUGCAUAGCCUCCAGGAGCAAGUCAGGACCAAGAACGAGCUGCUGCAGAAGUAUAAGAGCCUCUGCAUGUUUGAGAUCCCCAAAGAGUAG